AGAGAUGUGAAUAUUGGAACAGAUUGCACUCCUUUCCAGAUAUUUAUUACCCCGAGCUAGUCAUCGAACAUGUGACUUCUUCCCAUUCUUUUGUUCGACGUUUCGUCUUUGGAAUCUGAGUAACCGCUCUAAAGAGAUGACCAUUGACCAUUGUCGCCAAGGUCUUCUAAUAUCUCUUGGGCUAUAGCCUCAUCUUGGCAACGGGCCUCCUUCCAACAACGUACUUAGCUCUCCGUAUUCGUACCACCAACUCUCAGCCUCACUUAACAAGGGUAAACGUACUCAAAAGACCCGGAAGCCCCCAACGAUCGGUACCGACUUCCAACAAUACAAUACUUACACAACCAAACUCGCAUCCCGAGAUCAUCACAAACAAUGGGCCCCCGCAACAAACCCCGCCUCGAACUCGCCAUCUACGCGACCAGAGAGCCAGGCACCUACGCCUACGCUUUGUUCGAAUCGCCCAAGAGCACCAAGAAACUCAUCUCCAACUCCACCGUCAAGCACCGCGUGCACAACUCGCUUACCUUCACCAUAGAGGGCCUCAACCCCGUGACGCCGUGGCGCUACGAGCGCGUCGCCGUCGACGACGUCCGUGCCGAAGACGACAUCCUCGUCCGCGUGAUCGUAGGGAAGGUCUGGUCUACGGCUACGCUGAAGAUGUUCAUCGGCAUGGUGCCGGUGCCGGUCGAUGGCGCGGGCGGCUUCUCGAGCCGUACGUGGGCGCGGGAUGUGCUGGGCGAGGUGAGGAAGUGGUGUGUGGGGAGCUGGGAGGAGGUGGAGGGGAAGGCGCUGGAGUAUGUGGAGAGGAAGAAGAAGGAGGGGAGGUGUGGGGUGGGGCAGUGGGAGAGGGGGAUUCCGUUGUUGGAUUUGCAUGAUGGGAAAGAGAUUGUUGCAUAG